AUGAGGCUUCUUGAUAGAAGCUCCGGAGAGUCCCGCCUCCUUGACGCCAAGGCCGCCGCCGCCCGCCGCCUCGAGCGGCGCCGCCUCCUCCUCGAGCACCGCGCCAUAGACCUCGCCUCCCGCGCCCUCGCCGCCCGCGUUGACAUCGACGCCACCCACGCGCGCUGCCUCGCCGUCGCCCACGACAUCAGCUCGACCAACGGCAAGAUCGAGGACGCGCAGCGGAAGGCGGAGGAGUGGGACCGCUUCUACGAGUCCAACAGGAUGGAGAUGGAGGAGUUCCGGCCGUCGUCUCCACAGCCUCCAUCCACCACGGCCGCAACCACUUCUCAACCCCACAAGGAGCCUCCUGGCCUAGUUAAGUUCAGCGUGGAGGCAGCCCUGCAGGAGCUGCAGAGCAGCGGGUUGCACUCGGACGACGCCGGGAUCGGGGCUGCGGAAGCCUGGAAGGCCUACCUCAUGGCUAAGAAGGCCAAGCUUGACGAGUCCCUGGCUGCAGCCCGCCAGUUCAGAGCACUGCUUCGACAGCAGCUCCAGAAAGCCUUCGCGUCACAGAGGAGGCCCCGGCGGCGUCGAGCUGCUGUUGCUGCGGGCACAGCGACGUCGGCGUGGUCGGGAUGGUCGCAGCCCUUCAAGAUUCUCAACGGCGGCGUCUCGGCGCUGAUGGCGGAGUCGAUGGCGAGCAUCGGCGGGUACAGGUUCAGAUCAUCCAUGAAUUGGUAG